CUCCUGCCGCGACCGCACGCCGGUGCACCGCGACCCGGGCAAACGAGACCCGGAUUGUGUUUGUGGGUGUGUGUUAUGGAUGUGCUCUUGUGUUUUGUUGUAGACGCAUAAAGUGCACAGCCCUGCUAUGAAAUGGGCAUUAGAGCGAUCCGGAGCGGAUGCUGGCUGGUUCUGAUGCUGAUAAACCUGUCUGGAAGCGACUGGUUGAGCUGUGCCAACAUCCAGGAAUGCCGCUGCAAAUGGUCCUCCGGGAAGAAAACCGCGGCGUGCGUCACCGCUGGCCUCCGACGACUACCCCAUUUGGCAGCCGAUAUUCAAGUCCUAGACUUACACGGAAACCAAUUAAGGACAUUAGAGCAAGAUGCCUUCAUCAACACGGGACUAUUAAACUUGCAACGACUCAAUCUCAGUUCGACGAACCUACGAUCGUUACACCCAAAUGCUUUCAGAGAACUGCGCAUACUUAUAGAAUUGGACCUCUCCCAAAACGAACUGUAUCAACUAUCACCUGACACCUUUAGAGGGAACGACCGAUUAAGGCUGCUAGUUCUAAACGACAAUCCAUUGACGACUUUAGUUGCUGAGCAAUUUCCUCCGUUACAACAUCUCAAAAAGCUGGAAUUAUCAAGAUGUAAACUCCACACUAUUCAUCCCUUCGCAUUCGCAAACCUACGAGCUCUGGAGACCAUUCACGUACAUCAAAACUUGUUGGCGUAUCUUCAUCAAAACACGUUCAACUUGCCUGUUUUGAAAACUUUAACGUUAUCAGAUAACCCUUGGUACUGUGAUUGUAGAUUAAGAGAAUUUCACGAAUGGUUUUUGAGUAGCAAUCUGGGGAACGAGGAAGUAUUUUGCGGAGGCCCCGAGAGGAAAGCCCAGCUUUCUUGGCGAACGCUUAAAGGCAGUGAUAUGGUAUGUCCUCCAACGGCAGUGUCCAGUCCAACCGUCAUCAGAACUGAAUCAGGAGCUGAUGUGACUUUUGGAUGCUUUGCAAGCGGAGAUCCGAAGCCUACACUAACGUGGUCUUUCCACAAUACUGACGUCAUUAUCAAUUCCACAAAUGGAUUUAGUGAUAUACUAAUUUAUAAGUACCAGACGGACCAUUUCGAUGAGUAUAGAGACGAUUACGUGAAUAAAAGUGCUCAAUGGGCUAAUGUGACUAUUAAUAAUGUUACUAGUGACCUAGCAGGGGAAUGGAAAUGUAGUGCCAAGAGUGCUGUGGGGGAGGCAUCAGCGUUUUUGACAAUAUUUUUACCUAAAGCGAGAGCUGCGACUGCUAGAGUUGCACCGAACUAUUCGACCUUUUUCAUUUUAGGCGGUUCUAUGCUAGCGAUGACGGGCGCGGGCGUUAUUGCAGCCUGUGUCUGUUGGAAGACUAGACGCCGAAGAGUGCCACCAAGCAGAAGUUUUACGGAUCAAGAGAAGAAAUUACUUGAUACGUCUCUCGCCGCUAGUUGUGACAGAACGAGCGCAGAUUUAGGUUCUUCGUAUGGUUUCGAAAUGCUAGAUAGGUCUAUGUCGAUGGAGAGUGAGGAUACACAGAGAUGUAUGGACCCAGUUCAAAUUACGAUAGAAGGUCCCCCUGGUAGUUUUCCACCGCCGCCUGCGGAGUUUGCCUUGCCCGCUCCGUAUGGGAAUAUUUUUAUAUCAGUCCAAGUGUCUGGGCACAACGAUGAGUAUCCAGACUUGUUGGGUGGUGGAGCAACCCUCCCUAGACGAAGUAGGACUUGUUUUUUAAAGUCAGCUUACGAUAAUAUGGGUCCUCGAAUAACAGCUGCUGGUAGUUCCACUUGGUCCCUCCCUGGUGCCAAUGGUGACAACACCAAGAGAGUUGAAAAAGACAAUGAAAACCCCAUGCCAUUGUCGACGUUCUCAACAGAAUUUACUGCUCUGUAAAUACUAAUUUUACCAGCGACAUUGUAAAUAAAUUUGGAUUUACUAAUAUUACUAAUGAUUUGCGUGUGUACAAUACAAUGAAUUAUAUUAACAUAUCAAUUCGUAGAUAAAUAAAAAUGGCUUAUGUUAUCGUUACGAGUGAAGAUAGUUUAUAGAUAAAUAUUUACGUUAAAUUAAAUUCAAAUAAACAAUGACUGAAUUUUUGUAUGUAUACGAAGCUGAUGUUUGUGUUGUACUAUCGAUAAUAUGUUGAAUUUUAUUGUAAAUUUUUUCUCUUUACUGAUACUGCUUCUUUUUAUAUGAAGUUUUAGACAGUUUUAUGAUUAUUUCGUUGGUUAUACAAAGAU